AUGGAAGACCCCGAGGUCGGUCAUGGCUGGCGGGAAAGGGCACAGCGGGCUGUAGGACGCCUGGGCAUAGAGCAGCGCGGCAUCGAGCGCGUGCCAGAGGAUGAGAGAAGCGAUGUCUCGAUAACGAACAUGGGGAGCUUGUGGCUAUCUGCGAAUAUGACCGUGGCCACAUUUGCUGUUGGCAUGCUUGCUAGACCAGUCUUCAAACUUGGCUUCUUUGAUGCUGCCUUGACGAUAAUCUUUAUAAACAUGCUCGGCACCAUGCCGGUUGCUUUCUUUGCAACAUUCGGCCCGCGAUUUGGGCUCCGGCAGAUGAUUCUCUCUAGAUUCUGGUUUGGAUACAAUGGCGUCAAGUUUAUCACUGUCUUCAACAUCAUGGCAGGACUCGGCUGGUCUUCAGUCAACUGCAUUGUUGGUGCCCAGCUCCUACAUACCGUCAACAGCUCCAUGCCUGGCUACGCCGGCGUACUUGUGAUUUCGCUGUCGACACUAGCCAUCACGACCUUUGGAUACAAAAUCGUACAUUUAUACGAAAAGUACGCCUGGAUACCAGUGUUUAUCAUAUUCGUGAUUGUUGCUGGCGUCUUCAGCCAGACCGGCGAUUUCAACAGCCUCUCACCACUGGCCACAGGGCCCGACGAGGCCGGCGCCGUCUUGAGCUUCGGCGCCUCUAUAUUUGGCUUCGCCACGGGCUGGGCGGGUCUCAGCGCCGACUAUACAGUCUACCAGCCAGCCACUCGCUCACGGGCAACCGUGUUUGCGGUGACCUUUGCGGGUCUUUUCCUCCCGCUCUGCUUCAACGAGAUCCUCGGUGCAGCUGUCAUGACGGCUUCGGCGACGAACAUUGACUAUGUCAAGGCAUAUUCCGAGUCUCAAGUCGGCGGCGUGCUUGGUCAGGUUUUGAUUCCACCCCUGGGACGCUUUGGAUCCUUUUGUCUCGUUCUCCUCGCCCUAUCAAUCAUUGCCAACAACUGCCCAAAUAUCUACUCUGUAUCCUUGUCGGUGCAGGUUCUAGCCUCCUCAACGCAGCGCGUGCCUCGCUUUAUCUGGACCAUGGUGGCUACGGUUGUGUAUAUUGCCAUAUCGAUCCCCGGUUACGACAACUUUGAGGCAUGGCUCAGCAACUUCAUGGUGAUAAUCGGAUACUGGCUGGCAGCAUACGAGGCGAUCGCCCUCGUCGAGCACUUUGCCUUUCGGCGUGGCUAUACCGGCUACGACCCAGAUCAGUACACCGACCCGGACCGACUGCCCCCAGGCUACGCCGCACUCGCGGCUUUCGUCUGCGGCGCCUCUGGCGCCAUCCUCGGCAUGAAGCAGCUCUGGUACACGGGGCCCAUCGCUAGACUCGUCGGCAGCGACGGCGGCGGCGAUCUGGGCUUCGAGCUGGCGUUUGCGUUUGCGGCCGUUGCGUAUCUGGGGCUGAGAAUGUUUGAGAAGAGGAGGUUUGGAAGAUAA